UUGAGCCCGAACCAAUUCCCACAUUUGAGGACAUCAGGUACGAGUCACGACUAGGGACAACGCCGUAAUCCUCUCUCUCCCCCACUUUCCCUCCCUUUCAUUUCUCUCUCUCUAUACGCUUAGCAAUCGACAAGCAAUUUUCCGCGGCAAAAUUCACUUGGAUCAGAUUAUUACCUAUUUAUCCGGGGUAUAAAUGGAUGUAGAUGAAAUUUUUGGCAUAACCCGACCCCUUAGCCUUACAACGAAGAGUGCAAUUUACGUGUGGGGUUACAACCAUUCGGGACAGACGGGUAGGCAGGGAAAAGAACGCCAAUUGAGGAUCCCAAAGCAGCUGCCACCCGAGCUUUUCGGAUGCCCGGCCGGGGCUAACUCAUGCUGGCUCGAUAUCGCUUGUGGCCGCGAGCAUACAGCAGCUGUGGCCUCAGAUGGGUCACUUUUUACUUGGGGAGCUAAUGAGUUUGGUCAAUUGGGAGAUGGAACUGAAGAGGCUAGGAAGUAUCCAAAGAAAGUGAAGCAAUUGCAAACAGAGUUUGUGAAAUCUGUAUCUUGUGGAGCACAUUGUACUGCUGCUAUUGCGGAGUCUUGUGAAAAUGAUGGAACUAUUUCGCCAAGCAGGCUGUGGAUUUGGGGGCAAAAUCAGGGCUCGGAUUUUCCACGCUUAUUUUGGGGAGCAUUUACUCCAAAUACGAUUAUCUGUCAAGUUUCUUGUGGGGCAGCUCAUGUGGUGGCUCUAUCAGAGGAUGGCCUGCUGCAAGCUUGGGGCUACAAUGAAAAUGGUCAGCUUGGCAGAGGAAUUACAUGUGAAGGCUUACAGGGGGCUCGUAUAAUAAAUGCUUAUGCAAAGUUCCUUGAUGAAGCCCCUGAGCUUGUGAAGGUUACCCGAGUGUCAUGCGGGGAGUACCACACAGCGGCUAUAUCUGAAAAUGGCGAGGUGUAUACUUGGGGGUUGGGGAACAUGGGUCAACUUGGGCAUUGUUCCCUUCAGGCUGGCGAUAAAGAGUUAAUACCAAGGAGAGUGGUUGCGCUUGAUGGGAUAUUCAUAAAGGAUGUAGCAUGUGGUGGUGUGCAUACAUGUGCUGUGACAAAAAAAGGAGCUCUUUAUGCUUGGGGCGGUGGUCAAGUGGGGCAAUUAGGCCUGGGGCCCCAUUCUGGAUUCUUUUCAUUGAGUCUUUGCGAGUCUGAGUCAUUGCUGGGAAACAUUCCCGCUUUGGUUGUUCCAACUGGUGUGCAGCUUGUUGCAUGUGGACACUCGCACACGCUUAUGUCCACUAGAGAUGGAAGGAUUCAUGGAUGGGGCUACAAUUGCUAUGGUCAGGCGGCUAAUGAGAAAUCUAACUAUGCUUGGUAUCCAUCACCAAUUGAUUGGUGCAUUGGGGAGGUUCGGAAACUGGCAGCUGGUGGUGGCCAUUCUGCUGUUUUAACCGAUGCUUGUUCUUUGAAGGAGUUGUGUGAGUUCAAGCUGGCAGAUUCAGCAACUCUGAGAAAUGCUUCUCAGAUUGAGGACGUUGCAUCCAGAACUGGUGCAGAUGCUUUAGCACGCCUUUGUGAAAGAUUAAGGGAGCAUAUGCUUGAUGGUGGCGAUUAUGGAUAUGAAGACGAGAACAGUUGAUCUUGUAGAAUUCAAUGAUUUAUUUUUCAUUUAUACUACGAAUCUGGUUAAUAAUUCAAAUUGAAAAUUGUAAAUUACAUUCUUAAGGCUCGUGUACUUGUAAUACCACUGCUACUUGGUAUUUAUGAUCCGGACGAACUAGACACAUUCUGAUUUGUGUGAUUCGUAACAGUUUGCCCAUAGACGCCGAUACACAUUGUAAACCUUUAUUUCAAAAAUUGCAUUGCAGUCAUGGCGCUGUAUUUAAAUGCUCAUCAGACAUCAUGUGCACUCUGUAGGUUGAUGAACUCGAACAUUUGUAACGUGCGAAAA